AUGAACAGCGAGGAGGGCCGAACUAGCGAGGGCAGCAGAAAUGGCAGUACCACCCGCAGAAACAACAAGGGGAAGAAGAAGGGAGCUGGUGUUGCGGGCCCCACUGCGACUCCGCUGCACAACAAUGUGCCCGUAGUACCCCUGCUGUCCACGGCCUUACCGCUAGCCCCGGGAGGGACAGCGACAGAGGAGGAGGACGGAGAGGAGCUUUGUUUUAUUUGCGCCGACACAGUUACGUGGUAUGCAAUUGGGGAGUGCAACCACAAAGUCUGCCACCUGUGUUCGUUGCGGUUGAGGGCUCUAUACAAACAAAAGUCUUGCGCGCUCUGCAAGACGGAACUCCACGACGUUGUGUAUACGAAAAACCCGGAUGCGCUGUUCCAAGAUUUCAAUCUCAGAAAAAUGCCCGCUUAUGAUCAUCGGCUGAGGAUAUAUUUCGAAUCGUCAGAAAUCCAGGAAGACGUCAUGAUUUUGUUGCGGUUCAACUGUCCGGACCCCUCAUGUGAUGUGUCAUGCACCGGUGGUUGGGGAGAGCUCAAGGAACAUGUAAAAAAGGGGCAUGGGAUGCUUAUGUGCAAUCUCUGCACACGCCAUAAGAAGCUUUUCACGCACGAGCACACAUUGUAUACGAAGGCCACCUUGGACCGGCACAAUAAGCUGGGUGAUCCGGACGAUCCAUCUUUCAAAGGACAUCCAACAUGUGGUUUCUGUCGAAACAACUUCUACGGACAAGACGAACUCUUUGAACACUGUCGGGAGAAGCACGAGCAAUGCUUCCUCUGUCAGCGAAAUGGUGUGCGAAAUCAGUACUUCCAAAACUACGCGGAGCUGGAAUCGCAUUUCCGCUCCGAUCACUUCCCAUGCUAUGCGCCAGAAUGCUUGGAAAAGAAGUUCGUCGUGUUCAAUUCGAACAUCGAUUUGAAAGGGCAUGAGCUGGAAGAGCAUAGUUCUGGGAAAGCAAAGGCGAAGGGACAGGCGAUCGAGUUGAACUUCACAUACACUGGUUCGGCCGAGAGGGACUUCGGGCGGGAUCACUCCAAGCGGUCUUCCGCCAAGCGUGGGGGACGACAGGGCAACGAUAGGGAUGGUCAAAGGGAGGGAGAAGGCUCGUCCCGAAGUGGGGCCAACAAUUUCGGACCAGGUAGCGCUCCCGACCAUCAGAUUGGUAACGGAAUGCAGCGUCUACGACCGCCGCCUGGGUUUGGGUCGAAGCUUUCCGAACCAGAACCACCGGCCCAGGCUUCCUCAUCGUCGCCUACUCCGCAUCCAGCUGCGUCCCCACGUCCGCAAAUCCCAAGCAUGCCUACACCGUCUGAAGCAGCCGCUGGUUUAUCAGGAGCAGCUAAUGCAUUGUCCCAGCCAACUGGAUUUGCCAUAGGGCCGCCUGCAACCGUCGAGGGAGAAAUCAUGCAAAAAGUUCAACAACUCUUCCUCUAUUCCGCCACCAAGAUCGCCGAGUUCAAGUCUCUCGCCACAUCGUACCGCCAGUCGCUCAUCAACGCUGACGAAUUCGUCACCGGCUUCAUGUCACUCGCUGCUCAAAACAAGACCGGAAAGCACAAGAAGGACGCCGAAGCAGAAGCCGCCAAGAUCUGGCGGCGGAUGGCGGACACGGUCCCGGAUCCCGAGGAAGAACCCGAGGCGAACGUUGGCGGGAAGGGUAAAGGAAAGGCGCGCAGCAAGGGCGUGCCAUUAUCCCUCGGCCCACGCACGGGAGGUCGUCUGAAGAACGACAUGCUUCGCGCACUGAAUGACUGGAAAGUUUCUUCGGAAGAGUACCCCCUCCCUCGGCCGACCAUCCCAUCUUACGCCAAUUCUACCGCCACGCCGUCCGCGGUUCUCCCGCAUUCUACGACAAAGAUCCCGGCAUCGGCCGCUGCCCGUGUUCUGGUCAUCAAGAAGAACGCCACAAAGCAGAGAACUGCGACACGGGGCGGUGGUUUUGGUAACGCAUCUUCGGGAGCGACUGCCAGCGCGAAGGACUCGGUAUGGGAGCGGGUGUCACACGUCCCUGGGGCAAGCGCGCCACCAGAUAGUAACAGGAGCGCCACGCCCGUGACGUUCGCGGGUUCACAAGCGGGCGACGACGACGAUCGCCCUGCAACUCCGUCUGGUAACACGACAUCCACCCCGUCCGUCGCCUCAGCGUACAGCCACCCGACCUUGCAAGUGAACGACCGUGCCGCACCCGCACCGAAGCCCGCAUUCUCCAAGACGGUACAGUCUGGACGUAUAAUGGGUGGCGGCAACCGCGUCUCGGAUAACGAGUUUCCCGGCCUGCCCAAACGCGCACCCAAACCACCACCGCGCACCAUCAAUGGCCGGAUUGGCGGCAGCACGGCGUGGGGAGAAGACAGCAGUCAAGGAUCCGCCAGCGGUAGCGGGACCGAGAGUGGGAAGAAGAGCAAAAAAGGCGUUACGUUGAUGCAUUUCGGAUAG